GGAACUCUUUCAGAAAAAUACCAGACUCAUCGCCAAAAGUUUAAGUCUUAAGUUGCAAAUUACAUUAAAUAGUUUGAACAAGAAAAUCGACUGGAUAUUAAAGCACAUUUGAAAGGAUUAGAAAAUGACUAAAUGAUCUGAAAAAAUGGAAGAAGAAACAAAAACUUCAGUGUCAGAUCAGGACUUCAAGACAAUUAAAGAAUCUCAAAAUGAUUCCAACAUGAAUGCUGAAUCUGUUGCAAUAAUGAAUGGAGAUACAGUAGAUGGAUGUGAUAAUGUGCAGACCACAAUAGAUAGUGAAUCAGAUGGUAAAUCUGAGUCCAUUUCCACACCAUCUGGAGCAGAAAACAUCUCAGCAGAUCAAUCUGAAUCCAUAACAAUUCAAUCUGGAAUAGAAAGCAUUUCUGCAGAUAAAUCUGAAUCCAUUACAACCCCAUCUGAAAUGGAAAGUAUUUCUACUGAUCAAUCUGAAACAAUUACAACACUAUCUGUAGUAGAAAGCAUUCCAGCAGAUCAAUCUGAAUCAAUAACAACACCUUCUGAAAUGGAGAGUGUGUCUGGUAUAGACCCAUCUGAAUCAUUAUCUACAAAAAGUGUAGCUGAGAAAGAUGGUGAAGAUGAAGGUAUGGAAACUGAUGCUGAUGUAGAUGAAAAUUUACCGGAAGAUAGCAAAUUGGAUAGUGGAAAUGAGCAGAUAAAUAACGAUAUACUGGUAAAUGAAAGGAAAAAUACCGAUGAUGACUACAAUGUAAAGAAUGCUGAAAAUGUGAAUGGCGGAGAUAUUGAUGGGGAAGAGGAUAAAAUGAAAAACAAUGAGGAGAAGGAUAAAAUAGAAGACAUCGAGGAGGAAACAGUUGAAGCAGAUGGAAAAAUAAAAAGCAAUGAACAAUGUGGUGAUGAAGAAGAAGAAGAAGAAGAAGAAGAAAAUAACCUUACAAUAGAUGAAAGUCAGGCGGGUAAAAAUAAUGAUAAGUUGAUUAAGGAAAGUUGUGUCACAGAAGAUUCUCAAAAUAAGACUAAAGAUGAAGAUGAGAAAAAAGAUACUUCAACUGCUGAGUUAGAUUCAUCAACUGGUGAAACAGAAUUUAGUCAGUUCCUGUCAAAAACUCCUCAUGAAUUAGAAGAUGCUGAAAUGGGAAUCAUUAUCAAUGACAAAGAUAUCUUAAAGCCAGAAGAUGUUUUUGGAAGAGGGAAAAGAAGUAGAACACCUAAAACUGACAAUAUUUACACCAGUGAGUUUGAUGCUGAUCCUGAUUAUAACCCUAAGGAAGACAUGAGAGCACAGAGAUUUGUGAGAGAAUCAAGAUCAAAGCAAGCUAAACAAUUAUCUGAUGCGACUAUUACUACUACAACAAGCAAAAAUAGUACUGGCACACCAAAUACAUGUAUAGGUACACCUAUGAAGAAGCCAAAAUAUCCCAACCUUGAUAUUAAAUCAUUAGAACUCCCAGGAGAAUAUGGGUGGACAAGAGAGAUAGUAGUAAGAAAUACAUUUGAUGAUAACAAGAGAAGGCCUGCUGAUGUAUAUUAUAAACCUCCUAUUGGUAAAAAAUUGAGAUCCAUGGUAGAAGUUUCAGCUCACUUGAGACAACACAAGAUUUCAGACCUUACAGAGAACAAUUUUUCCUUUAUAAAGACUCCUAUCAGUAGUCCACCUUUUGAAAGUGUAAGAAAUGCUGGCAAACCACUAAGAAUAGGAAAGAAAAAGCCAGAAAUUGUAAUAGAGAAGGAUUCUGAUGAGCCAGCUAUUCCAUUCAAUGGGACCUCCUGUGAUGUGGAAACUCAAUCAGUAAUUACUAAAUCUCCAAGAGGCAGAAAGAGAAAACAUUCUGUUGGACCUGGAAGACCAGCAACAUCUACUACAAUCAUCAUAAAACAGACAAAAGAUGUGGUUCCUCCAAAAGAAAAGGAGGACAAGACAGAUGAAAAAGUUCCGUUUCUGUCAGAAAUGCAGCUGCAGAUAAAGACUGAACCUGUUGAUCCAGACGAACAAGAUAAAGAGGCUGCCAAGGAAGCAACCUUCCCAGAAUGCCCUCCGACAUUAGAAGAAACUAGAACUUCUCCUUCUAUGUCACCACCAAAAAAGAAGUUUUUUAAAUCAAAGGGUACAGCUAGGAAGAGUACCACACAAAAAUCAUUUAAAGCAGCAAUAAGUCCUGAGAGGAACAGUAAACUGGAAUCACUGUGUAAUUUAAAUUGUCCAGGACUGACUGGUCAGCCUCCAACAUUGCAGUGUAAUGUCUGUCUUUGUAUGUUCCAUCCUAAAUGUGUAAAUAUGUGCCAAACUGUUGACUCAUUUAUUUGUUUGAGAUGUAUCAACAAGGCUUGUUCCCCUGGGCCUGAUGGUUUAAUGAAUGUACCGUCUCCAGCCUUGUUAAACUGUGUCAAUAUAACACCUAAAGUAACUUCUAAUAUAUGCCAGUUCAUCAACACACCAAGUACUACAAGGCCCAGGUUAACCCCUGUUGUAGCCCCACAUUUGACUUCAACUACUGGUUAUAUGCCAUUGAAUAAAUUUCUAGCUAAAGCAUUAUCUAAAACGGCAAACUUGAACUCUUCCACAUCAGUUGCAACAGUAUCCCCAUCCUCUACAACAAGUUCUGUUGGAAAUGUGAAGAUUAAAAAAGAACCAUUUGAUCCUUAUGAGAAUGAAUUAACAGGAAGUGGAGUUAGUAGUAGUGUCCUUGGAAAUGUAAGAGAUUUUCUGGAGAGGAAAGCCUCAGAUAUUAAUCAAAAUCAAUCGGGCGUAAAAUAUCCUGUAUUGAAAGAAGGAUUACAAAAGCCACCUCUGACCGCUUCUGCCACAACCCAGAUGAUGUAUUUACCAGUUACAACAUCUGGAUCAUUGAUAUCAAAUUCAAUUUUCCGUACAAGUCUUCCAAUGGGUAGUAUUCCUGCCCCGAUGGUUUACAACUCUAUACCAGGAGCUGCCGUAAGACCAAUGGUAUCAUAUCCUUCAUUGAAACCUGUUGCACCGAUAGUUCAAGAUUUUAGUAAACCAGCUCCAACUCCACAACUGUCCAUAUCAUCACCUGUAUCAUUACAGCCUCCACGUCUUAUUGCUGCUCCGGGAACAAAAUCUCAUACACCAUCAGUACCUGAUAUGAAUGGUGUCAAACAAAAUGAAACUAACAAACAAGGACAGUUACUUACACUACCACCUGCAGUAAUCAAACGUUUGAAUUUGACUCAACCAGUGUCUCUGAAAAUUAACAACACACAAGUAACAGUGCCGCCGUCUUCUUUUCUACACACUGCGCAAGGAUUAAAACUAUUUCUGCCUAAAAAUACUUUUCCAGUCAAUACAGGUGAAACAGCCAAAUUGAGUGUGACUGUUACUAAUGAUAAAACAUUGAGUUUAGAUACAGAAUGUGGUAGUGGGCAGCUUCCAACGAUAGUCCCAAAUUCUAGUCGUACUUUGGCAGAAACUCCAAAUGAGUCUCCUAAAACUAGACAAUUUAAAUGGGGUAUAAAUCCAGCUAGUUGUUUUAUCCAGUGUUUAUAUGGAGGUUUUGACUGCAUGUUAUUAAUAUUCAAUUAUCUGAAUGUUAGAGAUCUGUUCAGGGUUGCUUCAGUUUGUAGGACUUGGAGAAAAUUAGUAAUGCAUCCAUGUUUGUGGAGAGAAGUAAGAUUUAGAAAUAUGAAGAUAGCAGAUUGGGAAAAGGCAGCUAAAUAUCUUUCCAGGAGAGCAGUAGAAAUUCUGGAUUUACGGGGAGUAAGCCAUUAUGAAGAUAGAAAUAAGACAUGGCACCAGUUAAUUUCUAACAUACACCUAUUUACCUGUGUUCAUACACUCCACUUUGGUGCCGUGCCUGGAUCUGUGUUACAGGCUCUGUGUGAGAAGACCACACAGUUAGAAACCCUGUCAGCAGAAUGGAUUAGUGACUCCACAAAUGAACAAAUGAAGACAAAUCCAACAAAGUUGGACAUAGGAAAAUUUUCAUCUUUAGCUGACUUAAAAGUACUGAAAUUGAGAGGCAUUUCUGGUCUUGCUCUUCCAGCAUUCUCAUUUAGUGGCGGAAUAAGUGAGCUGAAAUCGUUAAAACAUUUGCAAAAGCUGUCAUUAACAACUUUGAAGGACUUUGAAUCUGAUAAAGAAUUAGAAUUCCUAACUUUAUUACCAAAUCUGGUCCAUCUAGAAUUAGGAGACUGUACAUCAUGGACACCAGAGACAUACUCAAUAAUUGGUAAAUUGACAGAACUGCGGACAUUAAGAUUAGAAUGUGGAGGAAAUAGUUAUGAGACUGGUUUACCUGAAGCUCUGGGUAAUCUUACAAAACUUGAAAACCUGGAAUUAAUAGAAUUCCUGAUACCUGAGAACUUACACAAAACUUUAGAGAAGCUUGAGAAUUUGAAAUCCCUAAAUGUGUGGCCAGACACAUCUAAUCAGCCUGCAGCACAGGUGAAUUCCUAUACCCUUAACACAGUAGCCAAGCUUAAAUCAUUACAACAGUUAGAAUGGGGAAUUCUUAGCAAUAAUAACUCUUCCAUUAUCUUAGAUGGUGAAGAUAUGAACAAACAGCAAACACAAAACAACCAGGAAUGGAUUCCAUUCUUACCAGCAUCUGACAAUGGAUAUGAUGCUUUAAGUGAAUCUUUGACAGAAUAUAUCAGUCUGGUUAACUUUAAAGAGAAGUUGACAAAACUCUUGCCAAGUACCAAAUUGAAUGUGUUCAGUGCACAGACCAUCUCUAGAGAAGAAGUAGAUAGCUGAUUACUUAAUAGAUUCCAGUUUGAAAUGUUGAAUUUGUUUACAUUUGCACACAAUGUACAUUAAAACAUACAGCGUUGAAGUUUUUAAUUUAAAAAAAUAGUUAAAGGAUGUUUAAAAUUUUAAAAUGGGUGCUUUUAGUAGGAUCAAAUUUGUUAUUAAUUUUUUUCCUCCACAGUGCUGUAGAUAGAAGUGAUAAGUGCUUUUAAAUGGUUGCCAUGACUGACGAAAUAUUUUCGUAAUAUCUAUACAGUAAAGUGGUUAAUUUUACAUAUAGUAAAUUUCAUGCUUUCUGGUACCAAACAUGUUCAUUUGGUUUUUUUGGCUGUUUUUCUUAAUUAUGACCUUACUUAUUGAUUGAAUUUAUUCAAAAAGAUAUUUUCCUGAUAUCUGAGUUGAUAUCUUAGUAACAAAAUUAACAAGAAAAGCACUCCUAAAAAUUUCCCACUUUACAACAGGAAGGCAGUUUUUUUUUUCUUUUUAAUUUAUUAUUUUUUCCUUUAAAAUUUUUAUUAAAGUUAUACAUUGGAACUGCCAUUUAUAUCUAUCGAAAAUAAUUACUGUCUACAGUCUUAGGAUUAGGUUAACAGGAAAUAAAUAUUUAAAAACCUCAGUAGAUACACACCAGUAGAAAGUCAAGUAUACGUUGAAAUUAGUGCCAUAAUACUAGGGUAUCUAAAUUUAUUAUCAAAUAUUGAUUUACAUCUAAAUAGGUAAACAUAGCAGCAACUAUAUGCUCCAACUUUCAGGGAUAUCAUCAGUUGUCUGAUUCACAAAAUUAAUCAAUUAUAAUUGAUCAAUUUAGAGAUGUUAUUUUCAGGAAUCAGCGUAAAUUUCUUGCAUAUUCCAUGUCAAUUUUUUUAAGAAGGUCAUUUACGUUGAAUUAUUUUUAUGAUUCUCUGCAAGACUCCUUUUCAAGGCAAGUUAUGCAAAACUUAAUUGUUACACUUUUAAUAUUAUUUCAAUUUCAGUACUGAUUAUUAUUCCACAUAUUAAAUUUUGAUUUGUGUUUGUUAUACAUGACACUUUUAUAACACAAGGAAUAUGUAGAAAAUAUUUGAUGACAGAUCAGCAUGUGUUCUUAUACCUUUGACCUCUUGUUCCCACAGUAAGAUUGAACCUUUGACCUCUUGUUCCCACAGUAAGACUGAACCUUUGACCUCUUGUUCCCACAGUAAGAAUGAGCCUUUGACCCACAGUAAGAUUGAACCUUUGACCACUUGUUCCAACAGUAAGAUUGAACCUUUGACCUCUUGUUCCCACAGUAUGAUUGAACCUUUGAAUUCUUGUUCUUUUUGUAAGAUUGUACUUUUUACCUCUUGUUCUCACUGUAAGAUUGUACAUUUGAACUCUUGAUCCCAUGGUUAGAUUGUACCUUUGACCUCUUUUAUCCACAUUAAGAAUGAACAGUGACCCUUUGACUUUUUGAUCCCAUGGUAAGAUUGAACAAGUGUCUAUUGUUUGUAAUUGAUUGACAGAUGUUCUGUGGUAUACCUUGUUAAUUAUAGAUUAUCAGUGAUUCUGAAAAAGAGAUGGAGUUUUUUGGCUACAGUCUCAUCAUGGGGAUUAGCCCUGAGAUGAGAUGUUGCAGAGAAACUUCCUUGUGUUGGAAAGACCAUAGUUAAUCUGUUUAUAGAUAUUUUUCUAGACGUCAACAUUGUCAAUAACAUUGGGUUAUGAUGUCAUCAUAUUCUUCAGUACUUGACUGAGAAAACCCCUUUUUAGUCGGGUAGCGGUGUGAUGGAAAAUUAUCAUACGGAAACAAAAGAAAAUAUUAGAAAUAGCGAUAUAAUAUUUUUCAAUAAAUUAUGGAUAAAAAAAACUUGAUCUGCUAUCAGAUAAUGAACUUGAAACAUUAUUUUUAAAUUCAGUUUUAUUUUUUCCUAUGAAGAACUGUUCCUACAAGAUUUGUAUAUGUGGCUGAGAAUACAGAGUGAUGUGAUCUCCAUCCUGCAGUUGGGAGUUAUAUUACAUCUUGGACUCCAUGGGGGAACUAAACAAAAAAUAAAUUUUGUUGAAUCUAAAAUGAUCAUAAUAAAAAUCAUUAUGAAAAAAAAAUAAGACGAUGUGGUAGAUGAGUUUACCAAGAUGUUAAAGCAACAAUAUUACUCAAAUUAAUUGCCAGAUAAAUACAUAAAUACAAAAUAUAUUUAGUGUCCUUAAAUAUCAGCUGUAUUUGAGCUUGAAACAAGAGAAAUGUUCGCUUAAGCUUGUAUUUCACCUGUUUCAUAUCAUUGUACAAAUACAGCUGAUAUUUAAAGUCACUAAACAUAUAUUAUCUAGGUUUGAUGUAAGCUUUACGUUUAUUGUAAUAAAGCUGAUCAUGAGAUUCAGUAGGGGAUUUUUGAGUUCAUGUGCAUUUUUGAUUAUUAAGAUGUCGAUAAGAUGUACCUUAUUUUUGUUUUACUUAAAACGUUACAAGCAUUGUUGUUGUUUUUAAUUUUUAUGUCAGUUGAACAAUUUUGACAAAGAGAUUAUUAUGUUGUAUUAUACUGUAAAUAAUUUCACAUUCAUCUUAAAUAUUUGUGCAAAAUUAAGCUAGUAGAAAAAGAUGAUAUGAGCUUUUGCCAGUAGCUACUAGUAUGUCUUUGUAUGAAGCUGUCUUUAUUUGAGUCUCUCCAUAAUAUUAUUUGCUCUGUUUUUUAUUCUUUUUUUUUAGAAUUUUAUUCAAACACCAGUAACUCAAAUACAUGAUUCUUUAUACUCAGUUAUGUCAUUACAUUAUCAUCAUCCUUGUAUAGUCCAUUGUGUAUAAUCAUGACUAAGAUUCAGCAGAUUGCAUUUUGUUCUGGUUGACCUUUGCAUGGACUUUAAACUUCAUGAAAAUUGUACUUGUCUGGACUUUAUUUUGUAAUGCCUGCACAUCUAGAGUUGAUUAUGUGGUAACGAUCAAGUUUUGUGUUUUGUUCCAUUUUGACAGAUUUUUUUGUUAUUAGGAAUUUGUGUCAAACCAACACAUAUAGAUUUGAAUGAAUUGAGUGAUCCUAAUAUUACUAUAUUUGAAGCAGAAAAGACCAAUACAGAAGUUCUGAGAUAGCCUGUAUCUUCAGGUCCAAUCUCUUUUCACACACACAAGUCAUAUAAUUACCCCAGAAAGUUAAGCAUGGUUAGAAUCCACAACAUCUUUUGAAUGAAAUAUCCACUUAAGGGUAAAUUCACAUGCUUAUAAGUUUUUAACUUGGUGUGGGAGUUAAAAAUUAAAAAAAAAAAUUAAGUGAAAAUCUUUUAGGAACUUUCUACUGUAAAUUCAGAAAUUAUUGCAUGCAUUUAUUAUUGCGAAUCCUUGACAACUCAACUGGCAAAAAUGCAAAAUCUAAUUAAUGUGAUUGGCAAAUAUCUGACAUGGGAAAAACAUUUUCUGAAUUUCCAGUAUUUGCUGAAUUAACCUGCAAAAAAGACUUAAGAAAAUGCAUAGAAAAGGGUCUUAUGAUAAAUCCUUUUCAAAUUCAAUGUUGAAACGACCACUAUGUCAGGAUUCUUGAAUAUCGUCCUAAUGAUUUGUAAGAUAUAAAUAUAUCAUUAUUUCAUUUUGUUCCUUCAUGUACAGUAUUUAAAUUUUCAUCAAAGACCAUCCUCCAUUAUUCUUUUAGAAACAUUCUAAAUCCUUGAGUCAUUUUUGUAUUGAUAUACAUGUUGGAUAACGUUUUUUUGCCCAAAAUUAAGGUAAACUAUAUAAUAAAUGUUUAAUGGUCCAACAUUUAAUAAUUCAAAUCUAUGCAUACUUUUAAGGUUAAUGUUUGAUUUUGUUUUUAAAAAAGAACAAAACUAUUGUGUUCAAGAAAUUUGAUGAAUAUACCGCAAAGUGAACAUUAAAUGGCCAGCAAUUAAUCAGUUAAUUUCUAUAUUGAUGGUCUUUAGACGGUAUUAUAAAAAUCAUAUGAACAAUGUAUAAGUUCAUUAAAUUGUUUGUUCUUUUUAUCUGUCAUAAGGUUCAAAUAUGCAUUCUUCAUUUUUAAUAUCUAUGGAAAUAGAGGUCAUGUUCGAAUAAUCCAAGGAAACAGUACAGGUAUAAAUAAUAUUUUAAUUUAGUAUGAACAAAUAGAUUUUUACAUGAGAACAUUUUUAAUGUCUAUGGUUGCAGUUGAAUUUUUACAAUAAAUACAUACUUAAAUA